CUGAGAUUCACUUGUCUUCUUCUUCUUCUUCUCCAUUGACUCUCCAAAGAUGAUGAACGACGUAUUCAGACCGACCAAAUCCGCUCCUUGUUCUCCUGCAAAGCCACUUGGUAUCUCCCGAACUCGGUCUGAAUCAUUUCACGCCAUCCACAAGGUUCCAAUCGGAGACAGUCCUUAUGUCCGAGCCAAACAUGUUCAGUUAGUGGAGAAGGAUCCGGAGAGAGCGAUUCCUCUGUUCUGGUCCGCCAUAAAUGCCGGAGACAGAGUGGACAGUGCUCUGAAAGACAUGGCUAUCGUGAUGAAGCAGCAAGACCGUGCAGAAGAAGCUAUUGAAGCCAUUAAAUCUCUCAGAGUCAAGUGCUCAGAUCAAGCUCAGGAAUCACUUGACAAUAUCCUCCUAGAUCUCUACAAGAGAUGUGGGAGAUUAGAUGAUCAGAUCGCACUUUUGAAACACAAACUCUUGUUGAUACAGAAAGGACUCGCCUUUAACGGCAAAAGAACCAAAACCGCUAGGUCUCAGGGCAAGAAGUUUCAAGUCUCUGUUGAGCAAGAAGCCACUCGGUUACUAGGAAACUUAGGAUGGGCUUUGAUGCAAAGAGACAACUUUGUGGAAGCUGAAGAUGCGUACAGGAGAGCUUUGUCUAUAGCCCCUGACAACAACAAGAUGUGUAAUCUCGGUAUCUGCCUUAUGAAGCAAGGCAGGAUCGAUGAAGCUAAAGAGACGUUACGACGUGUGAAGCCAGCGGUUGUGGAUGGUCCUAGAGGAGUUGAUUCUCAUCUAAAGGCUUACGAGAGAGCGCAAGAGAUGCUUAGGGAUCUUGGUUGUGAGAUGAUGAGAAGAGGAGGGGGUGAUAGAGUUGAGCAGAGAAGGGUUUUUGACGCAAUGUUUGGGUCUUCUUCUGUUUGGCAGCCUCAGCCUUGUAGAGAAGCUAACUUGAAGCCCAAGGCAAAGAUGGUGGAUUUGAGAAACGAUGGAUACGGUGACGAGAACGUGAAGACGACGAAUGUGAACGUGAACCCAUUAAGGGUGGAUGCAAAACCGUUCUUUUCUUCUAAGCUGAUCAGCAAUAAUGAGAAGCUCAAGAGAACAAGAACGAUGGGAAUGUUGAGUUCGGGUGGUGUUGGUGGUGAUGAGGGAGAGACAAACACGAAGAGGAGAGUGUCAAUGGAGAAGAGAGCGAUAGAGUGUGGAUUACCAGACAACAAGGAGUUUGAAGAGGCGAUGAUAAUGGCUGUUUUGGGGACAGAGAAGAAAGUGGAGGACAAGAAGAGGCUCAAGGUUUUUCAGGACAUCACUUUGUCCUGUCUAAGCCCAAGAGCCUGAGUAGUCUCAUCUCUAAACUAUCUAUUUUUUUUUUUAUCGUUCUAAUUUAUUAGCAAGUAAAGUUGGGGGGUGAUGCCAAAAGGAGAUGAGCUCUUAAUCUCCUUGGUGGAUUUAUUUAAUGUUUUUGUCAGCUUAAAUUUGCUACAUUAAUAUCAUUUGACCAAUAAUGAAGGUUUUGUAAUCUGCAAUCUACAAAAAGAUGAUCGGCAAAACUCUUAAACUCUAAACCUUUAUCAUCAAAACGAGCAGAGAAACGCUAAGGAUCAAUUUUUGUGUGAAAAC